ACUCUAGUGAUUGGAUCAUUGAUUGGCUUUCUCAUUGGCUGGCUCAGCUGUCAGUCAGGAGCGGCACUCGCUGGGUUGUUUAAAUCCAUGACUUAAUGCAGGGUGACUAAUCUCCAUUUCUGCUGCAGCCAUAGGAUUGUGUCGCAGCGUGCCCCUGUCCCUGACAGAGCAUCUGCUGGAAUACAAGUCUUAAUAAAAGCAGCUCCAUCUUCGUUUUCUGCCGCCCAGGAGCCAUCAGACCCGGAGCAACCAAACGUGUAAAUGGAGUAUCAAUCGUUGUCGUGACUGUUCUUCGCCGCCUCUCACCCUGCAGAAGACUGCGUUGAAGUUGCAGCAGCAUCCAUACCCCCGCUGCUCUCUCCUGACCGCAGACAUGGGUACCGUGCUGUCUAUAUCUCAGGCGACGAAAAAGUCGUCUAUCAUGGACGCAAAGCUCGCAGGAGAGGCACACAAAAACGACAAGAGUCUCAAGCGGCCUUCAAUGUUCGUCUCCAUCUCCUGGAAGAAGCUGGUGGCAAAUCCGGCAAAGAAGAGUGCCAAGAAAGUGACCCCGAACCCGAUGCCCGCCUGCGAGAUCCCGUCCGGCCGAGUGGAGCAGCUUAACAGCGAAAAUACCAGGAAGACUCACCAAACCGAAGAGAAGAAAUCCAAAGCGCCGAUCCCGGUCCCGGUGCCCACAGUCCCCCAAGAUGCUGUCAUCCAAAACGGGAAGCCUUCCGCGGUCCAGAAGCAACCCAGCAGCCUGUCUCUGGUGUCACCGAGGCGGAUAGUUAUCCAGGCUUCAACCGGGGAGCUGCUUCACUGUUUAGGGGACUUCAUGUGCCGCAGGUGUUUUAAACUGAAAGAGCUGAACAGCGGAGAUGUGGUCAUCUGGUUUCGAAACAUCGAUCGGACUCUUUUGCUCCAGGGCUGGCAGGACCUAGGCUUCAUCACGCCGGCUAACGUGGUGUUCGUGUACCUGCUGUGCGAAGACACGAUAUCGGACAGCAUCGACAGCAAGGCCCAGCUGCAGGGCACCUUUCAGACUUGCCUCUACCUCGCAUACUCCUACAUGGGCAACGAGAUCUCCUACCCGCUCAAGCCGUUCAUGAUCGAAUCGAACAAGGACGUUUUCUGGGAGACGUCGCUCCGGAUCAUCAACAGGCUGAGUGCCAAAAUGCUGCAGCUGAAUGCAGACCCGCAGUUUUUCACCGAGGUCUUCCAGGACCUCAAAAACCAACGAGACACGUGCGAGGCCAACCUGGACCGACUGAGAAGGAAAAACACUUGUGCUUUUUUUUUUUUUUUUUUUUUUUAAAGAUUAGUUGCAAAUCCAGCAGCAUUGGUUUUGAAUGUAAAGGCCAACGUUGAAGGCUUCUCACGUCUGGGUUGAACAUCCCUAUAAUGAUGUUACAGCUUCGAUGUGUUUAGGAUACAGUGUAGGAGGUUUCUAUAAAUGCAUGCCAAUGGUAAUAUUGUCCUAUUUCGUCUUGUCCCUUGAGUGACGCAGGGAUUGACUACGUAGUACAAAGUGACACCCCCGUUUCAUUCAUGAUUAGGCCACUCUCUGAGUGUAAAGUAAAUGGAUGUCGCAAUGAGGUGCAGGUUCGAGGCGGGACCAGAACAGAUCUGUGUGCUUGUGAGAAGUCGGGCGGCGGAGCUGUCCGAGGUGCUGACCUCUGCUACCAAUUCUCCUCCGCUCCCUUCUAUUAGAGUCGCAUCGUCAAAACCGAGCCGAUCUGGCUUAAGAGGAUCAGAGUCAGACCAAUACACGUUCGGCACAUUAAACCUAAACCUCGUAAUAUUGCUUUUUUAGAUUCUCAACCAGCUGAUAGGUAAGCUGUUCAACGUGCAACAGAUAUAAGAAGUGUGUUCCCUUAAGGGGACAAAACAUGUUAGGCCUACUUAUGUAGAUGUCCCUCUAUUAAAGAGGUAGAAAAGCAAGUCUCCAUCUUCUGCUGAAAAGCAUCAUGCUGCAUAUGGCUUCAUAGCAUGCAUCUAUUUCCCACUCCUGUUGUGUUCAAAUAAACCACCUCACUUUAAAUUAAAAAUAACUUUUUUUCACCUUCUAACGUCAUUCAAAUGGGCCGUUGGUUUGAGGAUUUGUAAUAUAAUAUGAUAUGAUAUAAUAUGAUAAAAUAUGACGAUGGGGGCAGACAUUAUUAAAGGCAGUAUUUUCCUCCUGGAAUAAUUGCAGAGGUCAGCAUAACUAGAGACUGAAUUUUUCAAGAGAUUUUUUAAAAAUCUCAUAUGUGCCAACUACCAAAUACUCUUGGCCUGAAACUAUGUGGUUUACAUGUACAUAUCCUUCAUUUUAGAUUUGCUCUUUGUUGAAUUUGUAUCUGCCUGUUUUUGAAGUUGACUGUGUAUGCUGUAGUACAAGCAUAACAAAAAACAAAUAGAGCAUUAAGGUCAAAUGGUAUUUUUUGCCCUGCUCGGCAAAUGUGUCGUGAUCCUCAUUUUGACUGGGUUUGAAGGACGCUUCCUCAUAAUGUAAAUAUUGAAUGUGAAGGUGUCACUGUUCAGUGACUGUCAUUUCCACACAUCAUUGCAGUUUGUAUAAGCUAAAUGUGAUUUGACUGCAACUCUGAAACCAUGAUUAUAGGGCAACCUUGACAGUUAUUCAGUAUUAUGCUUCAAAAUAGUCAUUGUGAUGUUGUGUUGUGAAACCAUUGCUUGGAAUGUAGAAUAUAAUGCUGAUUUUGCACAGCUGUGAACAAACCUUGAUGUUUUGCACAGUGGUAUAACAUAAUGGUUGUGUGCCAGUGUUUCCUACCACGGACUGGAGUGUUCGCCAUUACAUUUUGCAGUUAAUGUCACUAAGGCUCACUCUACGGUUUUUCCUAUAUGUCAGCUAUGGAAUGUGAUGUUUAGAUGUGUGUGUUGUCUGUGGCUGCACCACAGUUGCAUUCACUAUCUAUACAUGUUAUUAAAGGUCAGUACAGUAAUUGUUUGUGGUAAACAUCGUGAAAUAAAUCCAAACUUCUGUAGG